AUGGCAAUUGACGAAAUGGAAAUCGACAACAUGCCGCUGCGCACAGCGGACGCAGAGCGCAAGCGCAAAUCCAAAAACAAGGACGCAUCUGCAUCCACAUCACCAUCCAAAAAGCGAAAGCAAACCCCAUCCUCAAAAGCCGCCGCUCCACAACAUGUCCAAGACUCCGAUCCCGAGUCCCCCUUCACUCUCACAACAGCAACCCUCUACCUGCCCCUGUCGCCCAUCUCCAUCUCGCCAACGCACGCGCUGGCCUCGCUGCUGGCCGAGCAUCUCUCGCCACUGCUCCUAACCUACUUCCCACCGCUGAAGGGCAUCGUCCUGGCGUACUCCCAUGCCUCGAUUUCCAGCAAUCCGCCGGCCAAUACAAGCUCUUUCUCGGAUCCGAACCCGGAGCCGCUCACCCUCGCCAAAUCCGCGGACGAGUACGGUGUCUUGUACGUCUACCUGACCGCUACGUUCCUAAUGUUCCGGCCAAAGCGCGGCCAGACUCUCGAUGGAUGGGUGAAUGUGCAGUCGGAGGGAUUCCUCGGCGCUGUCGUGUUCAACUUGUUCUCUGUCGGCGUUGAGCGCAAGCGUCUGCCUUCGAACUGGAAGUGGGUGCCGCCUGGCGAGGAGGCCGAGACGCCGGCUUUGACCGAUGACGACUCGGCCUCUGAUGGGGAUAUGGCCGACUUCGACGCCGAGAAGGAAUGUUUCAAGCCUGCUUCGCUUUCGGCUGAGGAGAUCGCGAUCGAGGGCGAGGAGGAUGCGUCUGCUCACACCGGUUACUUCCAGUCUGUUUCUGGACACCGCGUAACUGGCUCUGUGCGCUUCCGUGUUGUUGAUGUGGAUGUCAUUCCUGGUUCGGAGCGCGAUCGCGGGUUCCUUAGUAUUGAGGGGACUAUGCUUUCUGUUGAGGAGGAGGAGAGACUCUCUGAGUCUGAGCGCCAGGGACAGUCCUUGCCUCCGUCGUUCUUCCCAUCGCCGAAGAAGCUCUCUGGGUCUAUUCCCGUGAUGGACGUCCCGGCGGCGUCGGCAGUGCAAGAGCUGUCGACUGUGGAUGUGCAUCUGGAGCCUAGCCCUAAGAAGGAAAAGAAAGAAAAGAAGGAGAAGAAAGUGAAGGAGAAGAAGGAAAAGAAGGAGAAGAAGUCCACUUCCAAGUCGAAGAAGAGCAAGGACGAAUAA